AUUGACGAAAGCUUCUAUAAGCUAGACGACGAUGAGAUUAUGUUUUUCAAGGCUCAGACAGGAAUCGACGAUGAGACCGAACUGAAGAGUCAUAUACUGAGAGUGGCGGCUGAGGCGCACGCUGUCUUCCAAUACGGCUGCAUUCGGGUCCUGGCAUUCACUAAGUUGACUGUCUCAAAGACAGACGCCUACGCAGCCCUCAUGAAGUUAAAAGAAGACAGUCCGGGUGCACUGUUCCUCGACCUUGGCUGCUGUUUCGGAAACGACGUCAGGAAAGUCGUGUCAGAUGGGUGGCCAGUAGAACAGUGUGUGGCGUCUGAUCUUCGACCAGAGGUUUGGACCUUGGGACAUAAACUGUUCAACUCGACACCCGAAGAUUUUCCUGUCAAGUUCAUCCCAGGCGAUAUAUUCGAUCCAUCUCACCUGACCAUACGAGACUAUGGAGCCGCCAUCGAGUCUAUAGUAUCCAGACCUCGGCCACAGCGCGAAACAGUACACAGUCUCAAUGACCUCCAUGGACGAGUAUCAGCGAUACACUGCUCAAAUGUAUUCCACCUCUUCGACGAACCAUCCCAGCUGCACCUCGCACGCGCCCUCUCAGGCCUUCUCUCCCCUUUCCCCGGCUCCCUCAUCUUCGGAAUGCACGUCACGCGAGGACCAGACAAGGGUAACUUUCAAUCUAUGAACCGACACGGCUUCGGUACGUUCUGUCAUUCGCCCGAGAGCUGGGCGGAGAUGUGGAGCGAUGUUUUCGGGAGUGCGGAAGUGAAGGUGGAUGUGCGGCUGGUGGAGAUAGAUGAAGAAUUGGUGAAAAAAGUUUGGGGCGAUGUGGAUAAGGGAAGGGUGUGGAGGAUGAUAUGGUCUGUGACGGUCAUCUGA